AUGUUGUGUAAACUCGUUCCUAUGCCGCGCAAGAAAAAGCCCGGUUCGAACCCGGUUUACCUUAACGUCUACGACCUAACCCCAAUUAACGGCUAUGCUUAUUGGCUUGGCCUCGGAGUUUACCAUUCUGGUGUUCAAGUUCAUGGGGUUGAAUAUGGAUUUGGAGCUCAUGACCGUGACACGACAGGGAUUUUUGAAGUGGAGCCUAGAUUCUGUCCUGGAUUUACCUUCAGGAAAUCGAUUUUAAUUGGAUCGACGGACAUGGGGGCGAAGGAUGUUCGAGCGUUAAUGGAGAGGAUGGCUGAAGAUUAUUCUGGGAACACCUACCACCUUAUCCAGAAAAACUGCAACCACUUCUGCAAUGAUGUUUGUGUCAAACUAACGGGGAAGUCUAUCCCUCGUUGGGUGAAUCGACUUGCAAGAAUUGGUUUUCUUUGCAACUGUGUUCUUCCGCCCAGCCUAAACGAAACAAAGGUUCGCCAAGUUACGUUGGAGAGGGUUCGAGAUGGAGAGAAGAAGAAAAUGAGAAACCAGUCCAGCAGUUCAGUAAAGCUUCGACAUGAGUCGGUCAAAGUUGGACAUAUAGGCUGUUAG